AUGCUUGAGGUGUACAAGUAUGCCUUGUUCAACAUCGCAGCAACUGCCUCAACCAACACCUUCGGGGGUUUGUUUCAGGAGAGAGAUCCCCACCUCGUGCAGUCAGAGGUAGUUGACAUCGACACCAAGGCCAUCAAAGGUCGAUUUCAUCUCGUGGACCAGGGAUACUUUGCUCAAGCCGUUGACCAGGCUCCGCUCAAUCUUCGAUCGUGGGUUGCCCAGGAACGCAUGUUGUCGCCUCGCAUCGCGCAUUUUGCAUUUGACCAAGUCAUCUGGGACUGUGCUGAACUAACCGCUUGCGAGUCACUUCCUCAUGGUUCAACAGCCUGGUCCAGAUAUGAGGCGAGGCCGAUGACGUUUGGAUGCAAGCAGGGUUCGUCCUUGCUCUCACCUGCAAAGACCGUCGAUGAGGGCUUGGGCCAGUGGGGGACUAUCGUCAACACCUACUCUGCCUGUGGCUUGACAGUGCUUGGAGACAAGCUUAUCGCCAUCUCAGGCGUAGCCAACCACCUACGAGAUGAGCUCAAGAUAGAGUACUGUGUCGGUCUGUGGAGGCCCAAGAUGGAGAUACAACUCGCAUGGGUCGUGCGGAGUCUGCAGGCCGAUCGACCACCUCGUAACGAUCUUGCUCCAACAUGGUCUUGGGCAUCGCUCAAUGGAGCGGUGCAUCUACAGCAAGUCAACAUUUACGAUGGACACGAUGUUAGCUCACUUUGUUCCAUCACCGAGGUCAGUCUUCGUCGAGAGACUGAUGAGCAUCGUGGUGAGAAGGUCUCUGGGUAUCUUCGCCUGCGCUGCGUUCUUAACCCCAUCACACUCGAAGGCGAUUCGAAGUCCUGUCGUCUGCGGGGGAAGGGAAUGGAGGAGCACGGCAGAGCCGCUGAUGUUGACUCGCCUGACGUUGUCGGGGCGGAGCGGCUCUUUUUCGUGCCUCUGUUUGACGUUCAGGCGCCAAUGUCAUUUGAACAGAGGUGGAAGGUCGGUUCAGAGAUUAGAGGUAUUAUUGUUCAAGGUGUCAUGGGACGGCCGGGAGUGUAUACGCGGUGUGGGCAUGCUUUCAUUAGUGGUGUUGUUCGCAACGACACGAGGAAGUUUGACGACUCGUACAACGCACUCAAGUCGCCGGAGGGGAAAGCCGAGCUACCGUGUGAGGAGUACGACACAGACUCUGGUCAUCUCAUAAAGUUGAUAUGA